AUGAGGGGAUUAUGUCUGUUCGAUAAUGAUCGGAUAAAUCGGUUACCGGAUGACAUUCUCGUGGCUAUCCUAUCUUUCCUAUCGCCAAUUGAAGCUGAACGCACUAGUGUUCUUUCGUCCCGUUGGAUAAACUUGUGGAAACACACCUCUUCUCUCAAGUUCGAUGCGUACAUUGGCCGCGCAGUUGACGAACUGCAAACCGCAAAAAGUUGUCCCAAGUGGAGAGGGGCAAGUUUGCGAUACAAUGAGUAUACGUUACUUGUGGAUGAAGUCACUCAGUGGCUCGAAUAUGCUUCCGCCAAAAAAGUUCCAAUCUUGGAAUUGAAUUUUUCGCCAAAGUUCGACGAGAGUUUAAGCUAUCCUGGCCUAACUUGUGCUUUCCCGCACGAGUUUCUCGCUCGGAGCAUUAGUGUUGACUUUAAGCCCCUCAAAGCGUUGACUUUGGAAUAUAUCGAUGUGGAUGGUGGGGCGAUUGAGUUCUUUUUACGUAACUGCCCUUUGCUCGAAGAAUUGAUUGUCCACGAAUCGAAAGAAUUGUCGAUUGUCGAAGUUUGUGGCUCGUCGCUCGUUUUGAAACGCUUAGAGAUAUGUUACUGCCGGAAUUUGAAACUCGUUAGGGUUUCAGCACCAAAUCUUGUUUCGCUUACUGUUCAAAGUCUUGAAGAACUCUUAAUCGAAAAUGUUCCGAUGCUUGUUGAGCUGUCUCUUCCUUGGGGCUUUGGUGAAAUUUCCGGUGAAAAUUUAUGUAACGCGAUUUCUUGCUGCAAUUUGCAAUUGGAGGUUCUUAACUUGUCGGUGCUGAAAAAUCCAGAGGAAGGUAUCGAGUUUUACGAGUUCCCUGAAAUGCCUAGAUUGAAGAAGUUGGUCGUAGGAUAUCGGGAUUUGACUCAACAAAGUGUCGAUCUACUACCUUACUUUAUAAGGGCAGCACCUUGCAUACAUGAAUUUGUUUUAAAGUUACACUCGCCUUCCAUUUCAACGUUGAAGAGUAGUAUGAAUACGAGGUUUCACCAAGAGCAACUUAAAGUUGUCAAGUUUUGUGGCUAUCGUGCUCGUGAAAUUCAUGUCCUACUCGCGAGGAGUCGCUCCCGGGAACAGCUUGGAGCAGAAAUACCCCAGCGUGUUGAAUUGGUUAUUCUUUAA